AUGAGGGAUAGUCAAGGCAAUACAUCAAGUCCUGGUAGGAUCUACUUGAACUACAAGUGCCAGCCCGGGUACAGGAUCGAUCAAACCUCCAAGACUUGCAUCCCCUGUGCUCCAGGAUAUUUCAAGGCGCAAGAGGACAGCAGGACUGCCUGUUUGGCGUGCCAGGCUGGCACGUACUCUCUCUACGAGGGUUCUACCGCAUGCCUCGCUUGCCCCCCGGGGAAGUUCACAAGUCAAGGAGCUUCCAACUUUUGUACCUCCUGUGCGCGGGGAACGUUUGCGCCAACAGCAGAAUCAAAGGCGUGUCAGGCAUGUGCUGCAGGAACCUACGCGCCGAGAGCCGGAGCAUCAUCCUGCUACCAGUGCGGUCAACUGUCGUAUGCUCCUCUGCCGGGCAUGUUCAGGUGUUACGAUUGUCCGAGGCUGUCAAGGUCGGCGAUCCCAGCAAACACCAACGUGUCCAACUGUCAA